AUGAUGUUUAAGCUCUUGAAGAAACACAUAAAACAUUAAAUAAAGGCAAACAUUCAAUUAUUGUUGAAUUAACAAAAAAUUAUAUAUAUUCAUAGAACCAUGAUUCUUAGAAAGAGUAAGAUUAAAAAGGAACACCAUCCUUUAUGCUUAAAUUGGAAUUAAAUUAAGAAGCUGUUAUUGGUUUAGGAUUUAACAAAUAUCUAAUAGAAAAUAAUUAUUGUAGCCUAAUUAGAUAUGACUUAUUUAAAAUAAAAAGAUUUCAUUGAAUAUCUAUUCAAUCAGUGCAUCUGA